GCUCGGGGUGUUACCUGCCCGACGCUCCACACCUAUUCCUCCUCCACCUCCAAACGUCCAAGGGACUAAAAUGACUGGAAAGGCCCUCCAUGUCCUGAAAACUUUCGCCUCCCGUUCUCUUCCUUCGACGCGACGAAGAGUAAAUUUCGUCGACAUCACCAAAGCAACCCCCCCCGCCAAUAAUAUCAUAAUACCGCGUCGCAGCAAUGGCACCAAGAAGAUCUGGAGGAUACAGUAGUGGGGGUGGUUCAUCCUGCGCUCACUGCCUUGAUACCUUCACCUUAACUGGAUACGGCUGGCAGUACCCGACUGUUACCGCGUUGUUUGCCACGUCUAUCAUACUUUUGAUCAUCCUCAUCGUGUGCAUGUUUCUCACCAGGCGCUUCAAAUGGAUCCGCGAGAGGGGAACCGACAAGCUGCGAAACAAAGGCUACAUCUGUGCUACGUCCUUCAUGUUCUGCAACAUCCUCUUGUCGGUUAUCUUCAUGGCCCUGGGGGAAUCCUACGUCACGGUAACUGCCCUGAUCUACAUCGGCUACAUUAUCCAGGAUUUUUUCGCCCGAGUUGCCAAUGUCUUGAUCGUAGCAAUCAUCGCCCGCACCAUCACCGAUGACAUUGGCACGGUCUCUCAAAAGAUUGCCAGCUACGCUGUUGGAUUACUGUGGACAAUUACCACAGUCAGCUUUGGGUUUACGAUCGCCGUUUACGCUGAGGUGAUGUCUUUGGGAUAUGUCGAAAGCAUCGCGUCUGACGGCCAGCUGUAUACGUCCAUUCUCGAGGCGUCAUAUAUGUUCGCUUUUGCUCUCUUCCUCACCGUCCUCGCCAUUUUCGCCGUAUUGAAGAGGAGUUCUAUGGGAACACUCCUCAUGCUCACCAUCGUGAUGCCCGCCCUCUGCCUCAUGACCCUCCUCGAACUCGUCAAACAAGCCGUCUACAACUUCGCCAGCGACCCCUACGCGAGACAAAGUUACACCCUCUCCUACGCCAGCGCCUUCGUCACCGUCUUCGCCCUCAUGGCCAUCUUCCUCACCGUCGCCCUAAUUGGCGGCCUCCGCCAACGCCACUCCGACGCCAGCGGCCUCACCCAAGAGCAGAAACUCGCCCAACCCGGCCCCCACUACGUCGCAGUCGGUCCCUACGCACCUCCCCCCGCCCCAUACAACCCGCACGGCACCCAACUCGCCGACGGCCAGUACGACCAGCAGACCCAGUACGGCACUCCUGGCCAACAGGGACAAGCACAGCCAUUCCAGUACACGCCACCGCAGCACGGACAGCAGCAGAUGCAGUACGCGCAGUACCCCGCCCCGGGCCAGUUCGCGCAACAGCCGCAGCAUGCCGAGAUGUCGAACACACCUGCGAUGGGAUCUGCUAGCGUAACAACGGCUGCGUCUCCGGUACAGUACGCGGCCCCGGUUGCGGUGUCGCCAGCGUCGGUGUCGCCGCCGCCGCAGCAUGAUCCAUAUCAGAUGCAUAUGCAGCAGAAGACGUAUCAGUGAGGGGGGGUAGUUGUAUGAGAGAAUAGGGGGAGAUUGGUUGUAGCGAAAGAGAGCAUUUAGGAGUUAUACCCGGUUUUGGCGCGAUGGAUGGGGGUGUGUUUUUGGCCUACUGAUAACAUGAUGGGGUUGAUAAUGAGAUUGGUACUAUAUUAAUGUAUAUAGAAUUACUUUUUAAAUGCA